AUGGCUGGAAUUAUUCGUUCUUUGGCUGCUUCACGAAAUGUUACAAUUCUACUGAGCAAACAGACUGUGGAUUUAACAACUCUGCGAUAUGCUAGCGCAAAUCGCGUAAAACGCAUUAAGAAACCAGAGAUCACUGAUCGUGAUGCGAAUCAGGCCAAAUCUGAAGCAAUGCGAGCAGAAAUAGAGGAACAGAGAGUACUUUAUGAAGGGAAACGAUUCGAAUCCGUGGCUCAAUCACUUUCUGCAAAAGGUUAUCUUAGAGCAACAAAACCGUAUACACCUCCCGAAAAUGCAGCUGCACUAGUGGUCAAACUAGCGAAGGAAAAUGGUAUCAAUGAUCCUAAACAGCAAUUCAGUGGAAAAGAGCAAAAAUUUGCUUUUCUUUCCGCAUGCGAGAAUUCCUUCUCUCAUAGGGUUCCAAAUUCUAUGCUGCAUGAACUACAUACCAUUGAGGAUGCUGUAGUAUUUUAUCAAACGCCAGUCGAUACCAGAUUGCCAUUGGACGCGAUUCAAUCUAUGGAUUUGCCCGAAAAUUUGCACAUUCAACAUGAAUACGUUCGCUUCCAUCCAGAAACGGACACGAUGUUUGGUGGAAAAUCGGCAUUCCCCAAGAGCUCUACGGUAGUGACAGGAUUAAAAUACAAACAAAAAUAUCGUGGCCAUGAAGCAAAGAAAUCCUGGCCCUAGUGGCAGGGGGAUUGUGCACGUGUUUUAGUAUAUUUAAUAAAUUAGCUAAAAAAU